GAGCUGUCCAAGUGCUGCACACACACACACACACAAACAACACAUACAAAGCAGGAGGAAAGAGGACAUGCACGACACUUUUACUGCUGUCUGAGCGGAAAAGGUGAUCAAUAGCCUAUAAUGCUGCAUUUCCACCAAAAGUUGCCCUCGGGGGUGGCCGCAGUCCUCCUCGCCUUCCUUCUCCACGGAUGCGCGGUGCAGGCAGCGUCUCUCCCCCGCCACUACCGCCUCCGCGGCGGGGAAGGCGAAGAGCAGCCGGCGGGUUCGGACCUGCUGAAAGCCUUAGAGUACAUCGAGAACCUAAAGCAGCGUAACGGGGGGCGACCUCUGCCUGUGGACUACGACGAAGUGGAUAAGUUCCGGAUGUUGCUUCAGCUCGCCUCGCAGCAACAGCAAGAAGAUAAUGGUCCAGCGGAUCGUCAGGAUAUCACCGCGGAGCAGCUGAUGAGAACCCUCCUCAAGUCCAUCCAGGAUCAGGCCAAGCUCGGAUCAGUAUCCGCGCCCCGGAACGACCGCCGCCUGCACCGACACCGCACCAAAGACACUGAAACCCCGCAGAGCUCACCGGCAGACUACGCCAACUACCCAAGACCCCACAAGAAGUACCCGUUGAUGUUUGAGGAUGAGGAGAACACGGAUGCAUCCAGACGGGCUACAGAGGACUUGGACCAGCAGUACACACCGCAGAGCCUCGCCAACCUUCGCUCCAUCUUCGAGGAGCUCGGGAGGAUGCCUCUGAAGAGAGACCUGUUUGGUGAUGAUGACGAGGAGGAGGCUGAUGAUGAGGAUGCGGCCCCUGGAGAGGAGUGGGUUCCUGUGGAGGAAAGAGAGGAGACAGAGGAGAUGGUGAAUGGGAGCCACGAGGAAGCAGAUCGAGCACUUGGGGACCAGGAGGAGGCUGCGGAGGCAGAGGAGGUGCAGCGACGCUCGGGUCAGGAUCAAGAGGAUGCGGACGAUGACACCAAACUGGUCGAUUAUUACCUGCUGAAGGUUCUGGAGAUGACCGAUCAGACACAGAAGAGGGACCAGACUGGAGAGCAAAAAAAGAGACUCAUCCGCCCUUCCAUCGUGGACCCUCGCACGGUGAAGGAGCUGCUGGAGCUCUCCUUGAAACUCCAUGUCCCGCCACAGGACCUGAUUGACAUGCUGCUUACAGAAGAGCUCCGGAAGCUCCACCGCAACCCUCCUGCCUCAUCUCGCUACACGGUAGGAACCACCCCCAAAGUCCGCUACUUUAGUCGCAGACUGCCGGUGAAGAGCAAGACGGCCCCCGAGGACAUGGACCGGGAGGACUUUCUGGACAUCAUCGGUGUGGAGACCAUCAGUAAUGAGUAUCCGGUGAUGCAAAGACCUGCCAAGACGUCCUUGGAUAGAACACCGACGGGGUCCAAUGUCGCUCCCAAUGCAGGAUCUGUUAAAAUCCCGCCUCCAUCCGGACGGAGAGAGAACCUGUUCUUAUCCGAGCUCAACAAGAUGCCCCUUAAGCGUCAGGCUGAUGGCGGCGAUGACGCAGACGACGAUGACGUGGAGGACGAGGUGACCACCUACCUGGCGGCCAAAAUCCUCACAGAGUAUCCGCCCAACAGCAUCGCCAAGCGGGACACCCAGGUGCAGAUGAAGGGCGGCUUCCCCUAUGAGCUGUACGAGCGAGCCGUGAAGGACUACUUGGGCCAGGCAGACUCUGGAAGCAGACCGGUGGCCAAAAGGGAGGCUGAGGGGGUUGCGGAGGAGAAGCCCACAGAGGUGCAGAGCAAGGAGGAGAUGCCGGUGAAGACCUCAGCCCCGCAGACCGUGCAGGGUGAAGGAGGAGAGGAGCACCACGACAAAGCUGUGGCUGGAAUGUAAAGGCUAUGAAUAUAGUAUUUCUCUCUGGUGGAUGUGAUUUAGUUUACAAAUUUUAAUUGUAUGAAUCAUAGCUAUCAUCACCCUAAUAAAAACAAAAAAAAAAAAUCCAUAAAUAUAGUCCCUAUUUGCUGCAAGGUCAUUAUAUAAUUAUAGUGACAUCAUAGGUCAUUAAAUUAAAACACAGGGUUUGUUCCUUCUCAUGCUCCUGAAUUCAAUCAGCACGUACUCACAUUAAAUUACAGUUUACACAUGUUUUGUGAUGCUAUUCGGUUUGUUUACAUUGUUUGUAGACAGACUAUCACAUUAUAAUCACAAGAAAUUAACAUGUCAAACCACGUAUGUUACUAUAGCUGAAAAUGACAAAAAAAAAUACAGCCUUAAAGGAGUACUUUCUAACAUAAUAUAGAGCUAUCUGUGAAGAAUAUCAUCAGUUAUUUUCAAUUAGCGGCUGGCUGGAAUGCUGUGGCUCCACGUAUAUUCAGGGUCUGUGAAGUUGUUGUUGUUAUGAUUAUUAAUAUGAAUAAUUAUUUCAAAGUCUAGACAUCAGCCUGCCUUCCAAACAUUUUCAUACUGCAAAGCUCUGUAUUGUUGGCCUAUACCAGUGGUUGUGCUAAGUAUGCUCAUUUUUAAACCAUUUUGUACAUGCUCAAUAAUGUGUGAUGAAGCACAGAUGAAUAAAGCAUCAGAUGUAUUAUUUUUC